UUCCUUUCGGCGAGCCGGUGAAAAUCGUGGUAUCGCCAUGGGCCGCCGCCCCGCCCGAUGUUACCGUUAUUGUAAGAACAAGCCGUACCCAAAGUCUCGCUUCUGUCGAGGUGUCCCUGACGCCAAGAUCCGCAUCUUUGACCUGGGGCGGAAGAAGGCAAAAGUGGAUGAGUUCCCACUCUGUGGCCACAUGGUGUCAGAUGAAUAUGAGCAGCUCUCUUCUGAAGCUCUGGAGGCCGCCCGUAUUUGUGCCAACAAGUACAUGGUGAAAAGCUGUGGCAAAGAUGGCUUUCACAUCCGAGUUCGGCUCCACCCCUUCCACGUCAUCCGCAUCAAUAAGAUGUUGUCCUGUGCUGGGGCUGACAGACUCCAGACAGGUAUGCGGGGUGCCUUUGGAAAGCCCCAGGGCACAGUGGCCAGGGUCCACAUUGGCCAAGUCAUCAUGUCCAUCCGCACCAAGCUGCAGAACAAGGAACAUGUGAUUGAGGCUCUACGCAGGGCCAAGUUCAAGUUUCCUGGUCGCCAGAAGAUCCACAUCUCCAAGAAGUGGGGCUUUACUAAGUUUAAUGCGGAUGAGUUUGAAGACAUGGUGGCUAAAAAGCGGCUUAUCCCAGAUGGAUGUGGGGUAAAAUACAUCCCUAAUCGUGGCCCCCUGGACAAAUGGCGGGCCCUACACUCAUGAGUGUUGGCACUGCCCCCUCUUUACGCUCACCAAUAAAAAGUAUACUUCUGUC